UCUUGUAUAUGCAAGCCUUUCACUUUCUUUUUUUAAUGCUUUUAUCCUCUCUUAUUUUGGGUUCGUUCUUGUAUAUGCAAGCCUUUCACUUUCUUUUUGUAAUGCGAUUUUGUACUUAUUUUCUGUAUUUUGAAAUGGCCCAUUCUCUGUUACUGUUUAGUUGAUGGUUAUAAUGGCUGAAAGAUUAGAUUUUGCAUUGAUGUUAAAGAGGAAACUGAAUAAAAAAGUUUGUUUUUUCUGUUUUUUUUUUAUGGGAAACAUGGAUUUUGAGGUUGGCCCAUCUAUGUUUUAUAGUGUUUGUUGAUGUGUGUGCUCUUGAUAGUUAUAGAGCUGAUUGAAGCGCUGGAAUUAUUGGUACUUUUGUUUAAUUUGUGCGAGAAUUAUGGAUUUUGAGAUGAUGGAUUGGUUUGUAUUUUGUGUAUCUGUUGAGUUAUGGUCUAUGAGGAAGGUUGAAGCUUAAAUGGCGGACUUUGGUUUUUCGAGAAUUGUGGAUUUUAAGAUGAUUGGUUCAUUUGUAAAUGCACGGAUAUGGUGCGAUCUUACUGGAUAGUAAGAUGUACGGGGUUGUAUCUUGUUAGCUAUUUCUGGGUAUUCUGCAGGGAACAUUAAAAGUGCGUUUGAGGGAGAAUAAUCAUCUCAGAUUUUUGUUUUAUGACCUUACAUUUCGUAUAUAACAGCCUUUUGUCAAUGAGGAUGGUUGCUUGUGUUAUGUGAGUAGUAUAAUUGAAAUUUGGUGGAUCUAGAUUAAUCUAUACUGGUGUCUGUUUUUGCUGAUUAGGUAGAUUCACAUUUGUAAUACGCCAUCUUCUUCAUUGGCCCUGUAUAUUUUGGUUUUGCAAGCCUCAACUUAGAUUGUUUGACCACAAUUAAUUAGCAGUUCUUUGCCCUUUUCACCAUUUGAUAUUUUCUUUGGCUAUUUUGAUCGAGUUCCUUGAAUUUUUGCAACUGCAUUUUGUCCACCUUUGGAUGUUCAGGGGUUUAUAAAUUAUGCUAUGUCGGUUGUAAAAUAUGUUUUUGAUGUGUACACUUGAUGACCUGAACAUUAUUUCUACAUCUGGUUGUUGCAUAUAAGAUGAUAAUAUGAGUACAAUUUCUGUUGAUUCUUGUGAAAUGCAGACUUUGGCUAGUUUAAACCUAUUCAAUGGAGGUAUCAAAUGAGUUAGCUAUUAAGAAACCAAAGAGGUUGACAUCUGUGGUAUGGAAUCACUUUCAAAGGAUUAGGAAGGCUGAUGUAUGUUAUGCAGUUUGUGUGCAUUGUGACAAGAAACUCAGUGGGUCAAGUAAUAGUGGGACUACGCAUCUAAGGAAUCACUUAUUGCGAUGUCUUAAAAGAUCUAAUUAUGAUGUGUCACAACUGCUUGUGGCAAAGAAAAAGAAAAAGGACACUUCCCUUAGCCUUGCAAAUGUCAAUGUCAGUUAUGAUGAAGCACAAAGAAAAGAUGAAUAUAUUAAGCCCACGGUUAUGAAGUCUGAUCUUGAGCAGAGAAAAGAUGAAGUUAUUAGCCUGGGAAGUUGCAGGUUUGAUCAAGAACGGAGUCAGCUAGACCUUGCCCGUAUGAUUAUAUUGCAUGGUUAUCCAUUGACCAUGGUUGAGCAUGUUGGAUUCAAAAGAUUUGUGAAGAAUCUCCAGCCUUUGUUUGAGUUUGUGCCAAAUAGCUCCAUUGAAGUCUCUUGUAUGGAGUUUUAUUUGAAAGAGAAGCAGAAAGUGUAUGAGAUGAUAAAUAGAUUGCAUGGAAGAAUUAACCUUGCUAUUGAAAUGUGGUCUUCUCCAGAAAAUGCUGAAUACAUGUGUUUGAUAGCACACUAUAUCGAUGAGGAUUGGAAAUUACAACAGAAAAUUCUAAAUUUUGUGACACUGGAUUCUUCUCAUACUGAAGAUGUGCUUUCAGAAGUGAUUAUAAAUUGUCUCACGGAAUGGGAUGUUGAAUACAAGUUAUUUGCCAUUACCUUUGAUGAUUGUUCUGCUGAUGAUGAUAUUGUGCUCCGGAUUAAGGAUCGGAUCUCUCAAAACAGGCCUCUACUGAGUAAUGGUCAAUUGUUUGAUGUUCGCUCUGCUGUUCAUGUUCUGAAUUUGAUUGUUAAAGAUGCCAUGGAAACACUUCAAGACGUGACUGAAAAGGUUCGAGGAAGUGUUAGCUAUGUUAAAAGUUCACAGGUAAUACAAGGGAAGUUCAAUGACAUUGCCCAGCAAAUUGGAAUCAGCAGUCAGAGGAAUUUGGUUCUUGAUUCGUCAACUCGGUGGAACUCAACAUACUCCAUGCUCGAAACAGUCAUAGGAUACAAGAGUGCAUUUUGUUUUUUGCAAGAGCAUGAUUCAGCCUACACAUCAGCUUUAAGUGAUAUAGAGUGGGAAUGGGCCAAGUCAAUCACUGGUUAUUUGAAACUUUUUGUUGAAAUCACCAAUAUCUUUUCUGGGGAUAAAUGCCCAACAGCAAACAGAUAUUUUCCUGAAAUUUGUGAUGUUCACAUCCAGUUAAUUGAAUGGUGUAAGAACCCAGAUGAUUUUCUUAGUUCCAUUGCAUCAAAGAUGAAAGCCAAGUUUGAUAAAUAUUGGAGCAAGUGCAGUUUGGCUUUGGCAGUAGCAGCCAUCUUAGAUCCUCGAUUCAAGAUGAAAUUGGUGGAGUAUUACUAUUCCCAGAUUUAUGGUAGCACUGCCCUGGAUCGGAUCAAGGAAGUUUCUGAUGGCAUCAAGGAGCUUUUUAAUGCAUACUCUAUUUGCUCAACUUUGGUUGAUCAAGGGUCAGCUUUACCUGGCAGCAGUUUACCUAGUACCAGUACUGACAGUAGGGACAGGUUAAAGGGCUUUGACAAGUUCCUCCAUGAAUCUUCUCAAGGUCAGAGUUCAAUAUCUGAUUUGGACAAAUACUUGGAAGAACCCGUCUUUCCUCGCAAUUGUGAUUUCAACAUAUUAAACUGGUGGAAAGUCCACACACCAAGGUACCCUAUCUUGUCUAUGAUGGCACGAGAUAUUCUGGGGACUCCCAUGACAACUGUUUCACCAGAGUUGGCUUUUGGUGUUGGGGGCAGGGUUCUUGAUAGUUAUCGCAGUUCCCUUAAUCCAGACACUCGACAAGCUCUAAUAUGCACACGGGAUUGGUUGCGAGUGGAAUCAGAAGAUCACAAUCCAUCUUCUGCUUUAGCGCUUUAUGUUGAAGCGAAUUAGUCUGUCCAUGUGGAGGGCUAUCUUGAACUCAAGUGCCAUAUGAUGGUACCUGAUUGUUUUGCUACGCAUACGCCUCCAGAGUUUGGUGUAGCAUGGUUAAAAGUUUCUCCUCAAUGUUCAUAUUGCAGUGGCUAGAUUGCUUCUAGGGUACAAUCGCAUCAUCAAGAAAGCUUAAAUGUACAUUUUGAGGACAGUGACUAAAAUGUUUAAAGGACAUGUUGAAGGUAUCCUCUGCUUGAAUUUUAAGAAUUUAAGCCUCUGUUGUGCAGAUCUCUGAUUCUUGGAAAUUUACAUUUAGUGGAUGAUCUUGGUACAGUACUUUCCAACUUUUCAUCUUCACAGAUUAUGUUCUCUUGUAUGAAUUCAGUGAUUUUGAGUUUCGACAGAUUAUGUUACCUAAUGGAUGGCGUGGUGAAAACCCUUGUUUUCACAAUGUA